AUACAUAAUUAUAAUACACCGGUAACAUUACUCUUCACUGUUAUUGUUAUCAAACGACGAUUUUUUGGUAUAAUGAACGUAAAUAAAUGAAAAAAAAUAAAUAUAAAUAUUAUGUUUGCGUAAACUAUUUAUUGUCAUUCAAAUCUCCUUGAUCAUAAUAAAUAAAUUGGAAAAUAAAUUCCUCUGGUAUAAUAUAAUUUUUAAAAAAUUAAUAUAAUAAAAUAUAAACUACAAAUAUCUUCUGGUAGUACAGCCAUCUUACAAAAUAUCUGCUAGAAUUUUUAGAAAAAUUUGUAACUGCUGCAAGAUGGAUGACGUCAUCGAGAGGAAGAUGACCAAACUGCCCGUUUCUAUACAGAGCAACUUGUAUGGGAUGGUUGAUGGACUGUAUAAGCAGGAAGAAACGACAAUGAUUGCAUUCAUUGCCGACGCCAGGAGAUCCCUGAAACUGACGAACGAGGAGUUGAAAGAUGAACAGCAGGUCCUCUCACUAACCUCCAAAAAAUUAACUGACGAGAGGCAGGCCUCAGCAAAGAAAGAGAAACAGCGCCAGGGAACAAUCUCAGCGAGACACCGGCAGAAGUCAGCAGGAGGUGCCGGCAAUCUAGUGCCUCUGGAGCAGGAAGUUUUUCGCGUGUUGUCGGCGAGGUCUGCAGCCAGGUCGGCCAGUGCAAGAGGACUUGAAGCUGACCAUGAUCCUAACCACCGCGUUCCAACACCGCUGCAGCUUUUCGACAUCAGCGACAGCAGAGCGAAUGAGCCAGCAAGAACUUUGAGAGAUGAAGACUUUAAAGAGGAAAGAGAUGAGAUAAUGAUGCGAAUGAGCAAGGAGCAGUCCAAGUUGGAGAUGGACAAGCAGAGGCAGGCCACCAUGCUGAAGGAGAAGAUGAACAAGAUGGCCACAAAGCACCAAGAAACUGAAAUGAAAGCCAGCGAGAUGAUUAGAGAGGCCUCAAAGAUCGAAGAACUACAACAGACAGACAAAGAGAAGCAGGAGCAGAAGAUCAAGGAGAAGUUGGAGGAGCGCAAGAUGAAGUCAGCCAGGAAGGACAAUCAGAAUGAGGUAAACAGGGAACAACCAGACAGAGCCACACCCUUUGUCAUCGAGGUCCAACCAAAAAAUUAACCGCUAGCCAACCGAAUUGAUAAGAAAACUUGAAUAAAUGAACAGACCAUGAAGCCGAUUUACGGGCAAUAUGUUUAUUCUUAGAUGUAUAUCUUAAAAUAUUAUUUAGACCGCGAUAUAAAGAAUAGAUGUUUAACACUUUACAUUUAUCUUAGUUUAAAAGUUAGAUGUUGGAUUUUUUUUUACAUUAUAUAUUAAAUUUUAUCGUUCUAUUGCCACAAUUGUACUUCGACGUACAAGGCUACAAACCACCUCACACACCAUCAAAAUUCUGCAGCUCGAAUACGGAGCACCCAUGUUAUGACAUUUCACAAUGUUUCAACUUAAUUCUCAAUGUUAUGUAUUCAAAUCGUCAAUUCGUACAUUCACUUGUCGAUGGCGUGUGUUUGUUGAAUCAAGUAUUUCAAUUGUCUGAAUGUUUAAAUCUGGUUCUAUCAUUUAAAUUUUUCUUCGUUUACUCAAUACCAUAAAAUCAUUUGUCAACUGCUAUUUUAUUCACCCGUCAAUCUAUCCACUAUGCAAAAUAUAUGCAUUCAACAAAUUAAUCCAUCCAUCCAUACAUUCGUGCAUCCAUCCAUUCAUUGGUUCAUCCAUUCAACCAUUAGUUUUCCCAUUAUAAGCAGUUCAUUCGUUCAACUCCCGAAUACAUACGUCCAAUCACAUCGUCGCUGUACAUAUCCAACCACAAUAAAAACUCAGCUAAAAAAAAUUACCUUCAAAUUCAAUUACAAUUUAUUUCGAAUUUUCUUCAAUUUUUCACAAAAAAAAUUUAAAUUUUCAAUUUCAACUCAUUAAAAUUUUAAGUCAUUA